CCUCGACCUAUUACGUCACCGGAAUCUUUCACGAGGCAGUACUUCGCUACUCCACCACACUUUAUGCUGCAUGUUAGACUUUCUUCAUUUGACAGCUCGCAAUAUGCGUAACAAAAAUGAGUGUCAGGAGUUGCUGAAAUCCGCCCUUUACUCAUAGAUAGUUAGCACGUCUCUGCCAACUACCUCACCUGGGUCUCUCCUCUCCACUGCCUACACAAACGAGGUAAUACUUUGCGAAAGAUCACGCUGGCAGCUUGCGGCAUUCAUCGAUUGUCCGAAUGUCCGUAUGUCCGUAAGUUCACUUUCGUGAGGUUAUGACUCUUGAAGCUGCGAUAUAAAAUCAGCCUCCAAAUCGUUUCGGCCAAUAUCCACUCUCACAAGAGACCGCCGAAGCCAUGUCUACCUCUACCAACCCGUCUCCAAUUCAAGCCCCGCAGCACGUGCUAGACCUCCUAUCUCGUCUGCACACCGCGUCUCUAGAACAAGAAGCUGCGAUCUCCGGCAAGAAGGUGUUCUCCUCGGUAGUCAUCGGAGACAUCGAGGAUAGGCUUGCCGGUCAGGGCGAUGCUAAAAGUGAGUUCGACAAGCUCAUGCUGGACAAGUUCAUCGCUCUAGACGAAGACAAAUGCCACUUUGUCUAUCAGUUGAUCAUGGCCAUGGGAGCGACCAACGUCGUGGAGGCGGGCACCAGCUUUGGCGUUAGUACAAUCUAUCUAGCGCUUGCCACAGCUCAGACCAAGGCUGCGACAGGCAAGAAGGGUACAGUCGUUGCUACGGAGAAGGAAUCGCAGAAGGCAGCCAUCGCUCAAGGCUACUGGAAGGAGUGCGACGUCGAAGAGCACAUAGAUCUCAGAGUUGGCGACCUCCUCGAGACGCUGAAGGGUGACUUGCCCGAGAUCGACCUUCUUCUGCUUGAUAUCUGGUCAGCCCUAGCGCUGCCAACUCUCAAGACCGUCCUGCCAAAGCUCAGGCACGGCGCCGUGGUCCUCACCGACAACACCAUCUCAGGUGCCGAGGGCUACAAGGAGCUGCUGGCAUUUUUGCGUGCGCCGGAGAAUGGCUUCCAGAAUACCACCUUGCCUUACACCAACGGCUUCGAGAUGACGAAAACUUCCCCAAUCGUUACCUUCAUCAGCGUGAGGUCUUGCAUCUGUACAAUGACGUUCUACGGGUGCCAGGGCCGAUGUUGCUGGGGGAACCGGCAGUAUCGUGUAAACAACGACAGCACGUUAGCGGCCGGCGCUAGCUUCCAUCCCGUCCGCGCCUUCCCAGGUCACAUCUUGGAAGACUCCACCGACUUUGCGCAGGCGCGUCUAACCCUACCUAAUACACCAGCCUCGACAAUGUACAGAUACGCAGCGGGCACGCCCUGCCCGGCGCCGUCGGCCGCGUCGCAGGCAAGCAGCCGUUAUUACGAUUAUGGGUCUGUUUACUCCGGCCACAUCGAGGACGGCACGACCGCAAACAUCGAAUUCACGACCGAGAUCCAAGCAAAGCCGCGCACGGUCAAGCCACGACGGCCAGCACGCGCAGCGCGUCCGACCAACUUCAACCCCACUCUCGACAUCUUCGAAGACGUUGCGCACGAGGAGGAGCGUCGCACAGAGGUGGACAGCAGGAGGAGUCGUCGCGCAACAGUCCUGUCCGACGGCGCGAAAGUCAAGAAGAGCACCCUUCUUGCGCAGCCAGCCCAGAAGAUCCCAAGAGCGCCGCCGGUCCAAGAUCCAGUGCUCAAGUCGCAUCGCAAGCGCGUGUCGCAGGUGUUGAUGGACCGGGAGUCGCCGAACGUAAAUGCGACCAUCAAGCUGCAGGAAGACGUGCUCGACAAGAAAGACUUGAAGCGACCCAAGAAAGACCUACGACGAAGGACCAUCUACGUGCCCUCCGACGACACCACAUACUUGACGAUUCACCCCGGGCAAUCCGUACACGAACCGCGCAAAGCCCGGGAGACGUCGCCGGACAUUGGGCUGGACCUGGUCACGGUAUCGGACGAGGACACUACAAGCUUGGUCUCAGUGCUCAAGAAGGAGAAGGUCCCUCGUAAAUCGCUGGCUGCACCGCCCAAGCGAGGCCCUCUGAGCACGUCUUCGCGAUCACUCCAAAGCGUGUCGUUCUCGAGCGAUGUGGCAGGCUCUGGAGACGGAAAGGAGAAUCUGCCGCCCGGCACGGCCAAGAUUGAGAAGAAGAGCACUGGCACACACAUCGAGAUCAACUUCCCCAAGGCGCUGACGAAGAGCACGUCCGUGGCCGAGGCAAAGGCCCGCGUCAAGUCUUCGAAGAGCUCUGAUGUGCCGUCGGCAAGAUCGGACGUCAGGUCUCGCGUGAAGUCUGAGGCCCGGGCGCGGCCAGAGAAGCGUUUGCGAGAACAGACCAGCUGCGAGCGCAUUCCAGCGAAAUCGAUCAAGGCUCGAGCUGAUGGCACAGCCUCUGCGGCCAGCAGUCUUGCAGCGCACAAGGCAGCUCUCAAGGAGCACAACGCAGCCAUCAAGAAUGCCAAACCCAGAGUCACCAGGACGCGCCCAAUUCUGCCCUCUUCGUCCUCGCCUUUCCACACCGACAAGACCCCGCCGGCUGCAUUGCGUCGCCAGAGAGCAGCGCCUGCGAACAUCCAGAUGAUGCACGUCGUUGGGAAGCCGCAGCAGGCACGCGAGAAGUACCCUGUGCUUGAGGAGGAUAUUGCGCGACCGGAGAUGUACGAGGACAACUGGCUCACAUAUCAGGAGGUCGCCAUCACGCAGCUCUUGAACUCGAUGUUUGACUCGGCCAACACCAACCACGACGAACAGAGUCCUGAAGAGCUGAGGAAGAAGAUGCUGGCGCUGUACCACGAGCCAUCGAUGCCUCCACUGCACAAACGCCUGCAAGCCUCGCUCCAGUUUGGCGCCUUGAGCAUCCCGAAAGACCUCCUCGCUCAGACUCUCCGACUCAAGGACGAUGUUGGCAUGAGGAAGAAAUUCCUGAACCUCUGGACAAAGACGUACGAUCUCAGCGCGUUGCGAGCGGCCGUCGAGACGAUUGUGGGACGCCAGAUCACAACCCCCUCACGACUAUCGACAGGCUCGACGUGCUCUGACGAUGGCUCGCGUGUGUUCCGCGCCGAACGACGAGCUAUCGAGCACUUCCUGGACGCUUUUUUGAUUAAGAACGAGGAUGCUGUUCGCGUUAAGCCUGGUGUUGGUAGCAUUGCUAGCAUCACGCGUGGGGAGGACGAUUUUGGGUCGCAGGGGUGGUCGUGGCGGCGUACGGCGCUGCGCAGUCUGAUGCUGGUGCUACUGCUCGACAAGGCAAAGGCAAUGGACGUCCUGCCUGGCUGCCUCUUUCAAUCCACAUCGCCUUACAAGACGUCGGUGGAUGUGCUGCACCACCUCUCGGCCAUGCUCCUCCCUUCGCACGGCGACAUCACGCGACCGCUGGGCCAUCUAAACUACAAGGUUGACCACGCCCAGUACCCGCUGCAGGAGUACACUUACCACAUCGACAACAUUGCGGUUGACCUGCGGGACGGUAUCAUCCUCACUCGUCUUGUGGAGUUGCUGCUCUACCCGUCCAGCACACUCGCUGCACAGCACGAUGAGACCGUCACCAUCUCUUUGCCGACCGGUGAGCUGCUGACUUCCGACACUACGCAAAAGGACAGCUGGGUCAUGUCGCAGCACCUCAAGUUCCCAGCCAUCGGCCGACCGCAGAAAGCCUACAACGUGCAGGUUGCCCUGUCCGCGCUCGAGGGCGUUCACCAAGCAGCAGGCGCCGUCACUGCGUCUGAGGUUGUCGACGGCCACCGCGAAAAGACCCUCAGCCUUCUCUGGUCGCUGGUUGGCACUCACGGGCUUGGGAGUCUGGUUGACUGGCCGCAUAUUGUGAAAGAGAUCGCCCGCUUCAAGCAGCAGUGGUACUCGCGCCGCAACAAAUUCGAAGAGGACGAUCUCGACUCCGACUCCGACACCGAGCUCGACAGCCCGACCACAGACGAUCUGACGCACCACACGCGCCUGCUGCUCGACUGGGCUCGUUCGAUUGCACGCCUCCACGGCCUGCGCAUCACCAACCUGAGCACCUCGUUCGCCGACCCCAAAGCUCUCUCCUGCAUUAUCGACACGUACCUGCCCGCGUCCGCCGCACACACCAGUCUCGCCGCCAAACUCGCCGCCGCGGGCUGCUCGGCCUCGUUCACCCGCCUCUUCUCCCCGCAACACCCCUCCGCCAAGACGAUCCCGAGCAAACCUUUUACCACGCUCGCCCUCGCCUUUCUCGCCUCCCGCCUACCCCCGCUCCUCGCGCACCACCGCGCCGCAUCAACAAUCCAGACUGCUUUCCGCGCCCAUCUUCUCCGCCGCACGCUCGCCGCGCGCCUGAAGACGCUGCUCGUUGCGCAGGCCGCGGCGCGUGUGGCGCGUGAGCGUAUCAGGGUGGUGGAUGCGGUGCGUGUGCUGCAGCGGCGGUGGAGGGGGGUUUUGGAGCGCAGGAGGGCGGCGGUGGAGAAGGCGAUUGGGUUGUUUCAGGGGCUGGCGAGGGGGUGGGCGGUGCGGAGGUGGGCGAGGAGGGUUACUGUUGGACGGGUUGGAGGGAAGGAGAGGGUGAGGAGGGGGAGGGGCGGGUGGUGA